AUCAAUGAUGUACGUACUGAUAUUUAUCCGAGGGGUGUAGAGUAAAUAUUGAAGAAAAUACAUCGUGUGAUAAAUACAAAAUGGAUGUGAUUACUUGUUCAUUUUAGAAUCACAUAAAGCACGAAGAAAUGGCGCAAAGGGAGGUUAUGUACCCUUGCGGUAAAUGUGAUUAUGUUGCAAAAAGAGGUUCCAGAUUGAAAGAACAUAAUAAGCAUAAACAUGAAACUCGACAUUAUUCAUGUGCGUACUGUAGUUUUACAUCAGAGACACCCUCUGAUCUAAAAACUCACAAUUAUAGAGAACAUGAAGAUAAGAUGUAUUCUUGUGAUUAUUGUCACUUUUUAACGGAGAAAGAAAGAAAGUUGAAGGAACACAUUAAAAUGGAACAUGAUGAAGAGAGGUAUCCGUGUGACCGGUGUGAUUACGAGGCUAAAAGAAAACAUCAUCUUCAACGACACAAGGAGACUAUUCACGGAGAAGGAGAGAAAUAUCCCUGUGGUCAUUGUGAUUACUCGUCUGCUCGGGAUUCAGAUUUGAAAAGGCACGUUCAGAAUAUUCAUGUUGGCGAGGAGCAUUGUUGCGACCAGUGUGAAUACUCAUUCAACAAAGUUGAACUGUUGAAUCGACACAUUAAGAGUAAGCAUGAGGGAGUUAAUUUCCAAUGUGACGAAUGCAGCUAUAACACAACGAAUGAAAGGAACUUGAAGCGACAUCAAGGUAGCAGACAUCAAGAUAAACCUAGCAUGGCCAAGAAAAAAAAACUAAAAGAUCCUGAACCUGAACCUGAUCUUGUAAAAUAUGAACCUGAAAUUGUUCUUGUCCAAUUUGAACCUGAACCUGAUCUUCUGAAAAGUGAAACUGAACCUGAUCAUGUGAAAUAUGAACCUGAACCUGAUCUUGUGAAAUAUGAACCUGAACCUGAUCUUCUGAAAUGUGAACCUGAACCUGAUCAUGUGAAAUAUGAACCUGAACCUGUUCUUCUGAAAUGUGAACCUGACUUCUGAAAUGUGAACCUGAACCUGAUCAUGUGAAAUAUGAACCUUAUCUUCUGAAAUGUGAACCUGAACCUGAUCAUGUGAAAUAUGAACCUUAUCUUCUGAAAUGUGAACCUGAACCUGAUCUUGUGAAAUAUGAACCUGAUACUGAUCUGGUGAAAUAUGAACCUGAACCUGAUCUUGUGAAAUAUUAACCUGAUACUGAUCUGGUGAAAUAUAAACCUGAUACUGAUCUUGUGAAAUAUGAACCUGAACCUGAUCUGGUGAAAUAUGAACCUGAACCUUAUCUGGUGAAAUAUGAACCUGAACCUGAUCUGGUGAAAUAUGAACCUGAACCUGAUCUGGUGAAAUAUGAAUCUGAACCUGAUCUGGUGAAAUAUGAACCUGAACCAGAUCUUAUAAAGCAAGAACCAGAAGAUGAGGAUGUGAUCUACAAGAAAAGAUUAGAUGAUACCCAAUCCGAACCUCGUUCAUUCUGGGAAAUUCGAAAUUGCAGUUUUUUCUCCUAAAAAAAGUUCAUUGAACCUGAUAUAUAUAUAUAUUUUUAUAUUUCAUGAACGAUCGGGUUUUUGCUCUUUAAUAAAUUAGCCAACUGCCCGCGUGGAGUUGGCUCAGUUCCAAUAUUGAGCAUGCUUAAUAUGGGGAUAAAUUUUGAAAUUGAUUUCAGAGAUAUAUAUGUAAACUCGCCCGAUUAACUGUCAAUUAAUUUCAGGUCUUUCUGAUUAUGACUGUAUGUUAGUAGUAAUACUUUUCUAGUAGUUCAACUAGCAGCACCUAGUUCAACUUAUUCUCACUGUUCUUUAAAUCCUUCCUCAGACUACUGUAAACCUCUUAUUUUAGAAAAUGAAAAAUUUAUCUUACCUUCCUAUUCUCAAUAUUGUACAUUGCCCCAGGGGGCUUGUAACCUGAGUGUUAAAAAAUUCUUUUUAUUUGCCACCAAGUAGGAGCAUUGCUCUACUAUUAAUUAUUUUUGAUAUCCGUCCACUUGAAG